CAAGAUGGCGGCUCCCAGGACUGUGUUUUUAUUUCGUUGCUAAGUUGAAAUGUUCAGUUUUUAUUCUUGUAGUUUACGGUCGCUUCUCUCUUCGCCCUGAGUUUCACAUGCUACUUUACAUCGAUUGCGCGACUGCCUGAUUGAACGGGAUAUACGGGAACUUUGCUCAGCAUGGCUACCGAUAAAAAAAUCCAGUUUUGGAAGAGGAAUGCAAAGGUUCCGGGAAGUUUACAGCCAGUAUAUGGAGCACAGCAUCCUCCUCUUGAUCCCCGGAUGCACAAGACAAUGCCCAAAUAUUCAACCCGGCUCAGCGCUGCAACCCCCGCACUAACUCCAGAGAGACUAGCACUCGCAUCCGCCGAAACGUCUGCCGUCAGCCAUCUGCUUUUUUCGCACUGCAAGCAUGCCGUGAAGCCAUCACAGAACUACAGCGUCAGAGGAUCAUGCAGUUCUGAAUUGCACACAGGCAGGCCUGCGGGCACCCUGCCAGUCACAGGGGUCGCUAGUGCACGUUUUUUAAAAGAAGCACCCAAGACUAACGCAUUGUCUAUAAAAUCAAAAAAAGCUUCAAGUUUUCUCGAGUUUGCCCGGAGCACCAGCGACGCCUGGGACAUUGGCGACGAUGAGGAAGAGGAGUUUUUGGGCGGCCCUCCCCCUAACACUCCUCCCAACCUCAACUCCAAGGUAGCCGUGGCAACGGCGGCACAGGUCAUACACAACUACAGCAAGGUCCGAGAGAAACCAGAGUGGCCACAAUCAACAGAGAGGGUCCAGGCCAACGGGAGCGUGGUAAAGUCAAACAGCGCCGUGCAGCUAUCCCAACCCUCAGAUGGUUCUUCAUUUCGGAAGCCGCUGCACAAACAGCAGUCUCUCCCCUUGCGGCCCGUCAUCCCCCUGAUCGCGAGGAUCUCGGACCAGAAUGCCUCUGGGGCUCCGCCGAUGGCCGUCCGAGAGAAAACAAGGCUGGAGAAGUUCAGGCAACUUCUAGCAAGUCAGAACACAGACUUGGAAGAGUUGCGGAGAUGCAGCUGGUCCGGCAUCCCAAGAGAAUUCCGCCCAAUUACAUGGAGGUUACUGUCGGGUUAUCUGCCUGCAAACAUGGAGAGGAGAGAAAUCGUUCUGAAGAGGAAACGGGACGAGUAUUUUGGGUUCAUAGAGCAGUAUUACGACUCCAGGAACGAGGAGCAUCACCAGGACACCUACAGACAGAUUCAUAUUGACAUUCCAAGAACGAACCCGCUUAUUCCUCUCUUCCAGCAAGCCCCUGUACAGGAGGUCUUUGAACGCAUCCUCUUCAUAUGGGCGAUUCGUCAUCCCGCCAGCGGAUAUGUGCAGGGGAUCAAUGAUCUGGUCACUCCGUUUUUCGUUGUUUUCCUCUCAGAAUUUGUUGAGGAAGAUGUGGAGAAUUUUGAUGUGACAAUCCUACCUCAACAUGUGCAAAGAAACAUCGAAGCUGACAGUUUCUGGUGCAUGAGUAAACUGCUUGAUGGAAUCCAGGCGUCAAAUCUAAGGGGAUACAGAAAUCUGCGUAACACCGGGCUGCCUCCCCUCAUCCUACGGAGACCCAUUGAAGAUGUAGCUGGUGCCGGCUGCUGCCUCCUUGGUCGCUGUUAUUCUGACAAAGUGAGAGCCGGACUACCUGUCCGUUGGAGUGCUCAUAUACUAAAAUAUAGGGACAACUACACGUUUGCUCAGCCAGGAAUUCAGACAAAAGUCAAAGCCCUGGAAGAGCUAGUGAGCAGAAUCGAUGAGCAUGUCCACAAUCACUUCCAGAAGUACGAAGUGGAGUAUCUGCAGUUUGCAUUCCGGUGGAUGAAUAACCUGCUAAUGAGGGAGCUUCCCCUGCGAUGUACCAUCAGACUCUGGGACACUUACCAGGCUGAGGCAGAGGGCUUCUCUCAUUUCCACCUGUACAUCUGCGCUGCUUUCCUCAUCAAGUGGAGAAAAGAAAUCCUGGAGGCAGUGGACUUCCAAGGUCUGUUGUUGCUGUUACAGAACCUGCCUACAAUACACUGGGGGAAUGAAGAAGUGGGACUCCUGCUGGCAGAAGCCUAUAGACUCAAGUAUAUGUUUGCAGACGCACCAAGUCACUACAGGAGAUAAGAGGAGGAUGCAAACCUACAAGGGAGCCUGUUUUGUGGAGUUCUGUACACUGUAGGCAGCUCCGCGGUCAUGGCAGACAUUUCAAGUGCUGUUCAAUCAUUGUUUUUUUAUUUUUAUUUGUUUUAAAGUUGCCGUACCAGAACGUUAAUGUCUGAGUCAGCUGGAAAGUGACACUGGGGGCACGACCUUCUUCAUUUCCCAAUUGACGAAAUUUACAGAGAAAGUUCCGUUCAAGUUUAAAAUAUGCUUGACUUGGAACGUAGGAUUGUAAUCAAUAACCUUGCUUCAGUUUGGCUGUACACAUAAAUGAUUGAGAAAUAUUUUCCAGCUAUGGACAUGCAGCCUUCAAUAUUCUUAAAUGAAUUGGAAUGGAACAUUAUGUAUGUUUCUUGUGUAGUUUCCUAUUGCAAAUACUGUAGGAGCCGGGCUCUUAAGGACUACGCUAUUCUAUAUAGUAUGAGAACCAGAUAUUUUAGCAAUCCUGGGUGUCUGAACUCCUCAUAUAGUUUUUGUUGGUCAUUUAUCCAGUGGGUUAGUACAGUUUCGAGCCUUCAGUCCUUAUGCUGAAACAGCAUUCCGAAUAAACUGACCUGUCAGUCGGCAGAUGGAAGACCUGAAUCGAAAGAUUAACUUGCCCCUUUAAAGUUAGAAGGAAAAUGCAGUGUUCAUACAAUUCUCUCAUGAAACCAUGAUGGGCAAAUGUACGCAUGCACAGUGUCGUUGCAGAACGUUUGGCAAACUAUCUGGGAUGUCCUAAACAUCUUGGCCUUCACAUCUGGUUUUAUUAUGAUUAUGUUUUACAUUGGCAACCUGGAUGGUGGGGAUUCCUAAGAGUGACACACACCGGGACUCGCUCGAUAGAAUCUGAAUAAAUCCCAAAUAGUGAUUCAGUGCUAGAUGUCAAGUUUAGAAUCUACAGUUUUACGGUAUGUUCUGUCCUACGCUGUAACAUUUGUCUAAAUACACAGUACACAUUUCACCUGUUCAUAAUAUUGUCCCAGGCUGGUCCCUAGCACCAAUUAACGACACCCAAGGCCUGUGGCAGAUCUGAGAAGACUGCAGAACUUCAAAUGAAUAUCAAGAUAUUUGAAAGCAGAACCACAUCUAUUUAGCAACAGUAAGAAUGUCAUUGAAACACAAACACAGUAUUUUGACAUGCAUACAUUUUUUGGAAAACUAAUUGUAUGCCAUUCCAAACAUUCAAGACUUGAUUUUAGGGAGAGCGAAAGAAGAAAUUUUAGAUUUUAUGUUUUCAAUCUAUUUGUUACCUUAUAAAUUACAAAGCAGCCAAAAAAUUUAUUUAAGAGACCACCCAGUGUACUAGCUACUGUUUUUGUUUUUAGUGCUGUGUUAAAACUUAUAACCAGGUACCUUGUAUGAGGUCACAUGAUGGGUACGGAAAAUACUUGUCUUAAGUAUCAAAGGGUGCAGUACAUCUCUUUUAUUGAUCAACUGUUCUGAUAUUAAAAAAAAUAACAUGCUACAGAAAUUAUACAUAAUGUUAUGUUGAAAAAAAAUGUAUUUUUAUUUUUUUGUGUUGUGAAAGUUUUCAAUCUGGGUUGUUUUGUUGUUUCUUCCUGUAUAUGGGCAAAAAUGUACAAUAUUCUAAUGUUCUUUAUUUGUAUUACUUUUGUUUUAUAUUUAUACAGAAGUUUGAAGAUUUUGUUAAACAAGAUUGUAUAGCCCACAUGGCCUAAAAAAUAUAUUUUUCAGUGUC